AUGUCCGCCCCCCGGAGGUACGUGGGCUGCGCACCCCGGCCCGGGCCCGCCUUGCUGCGGGGAGAGGGGGCAGCGGCCCCCGCCAUUCCGCCGGCCCUUGAGAAGCGGCUGGACAAGAGGCUGUUCCAGACCCACCCAAACACCUCGCUAGCAGUGUGUCUUGAUAGGGAGGGGAGUGUUCGUCUAGCAGCUCACACAUCAGAUGCUGUUUCUUGGUUGUAUGGAAGAGGUGUCUGGACGAAUGUAAGCAUGAAGCGAUUCAUGGCGCUGCUUAGUAAGAAUGAAAACAAGGACCCUCCACAGGCCAAGCUGCUGGAUCUAGCAGGACAACUCUGUGGUGAUGUUCAGAGCGUGUCUCCCAGCCUGGAGAAGCUGGUUGAGGCAAUGAUGGGGUGCAAGCUUCAGGAGUAUUUCCUCACCAACAUCAGUGUAGUCCGAGCCUGUGUGCUUGUCCUUAUCCACAGGGGACAGCAUGACACAGCCUGCAGACUCCUGGAGUGUUGCAGGGUGAAAGAGAAGGAGGAGCUGGUGCAACUUUGGAAUGAGAUCCACUACCACAAAGACAUGGAGAAACACCACACAGAUUCCCUGACAUCGGUGCAGAAGUUCCGGUGCAGGAAGAGGAAUCCUCCACCAGUUUCCCUCUGUCCUGAAGGCACAACUAAUCGAAACCAUCCAGAAAAAGUGCGCCAAACACUGCAAAGAUUUGCUGCAAAUGUGACAAUGUAUCCAAACAAGAAUCAGCGGGACACUUUGGCUCAGGAUACGAACUUGAAGCCAAUUCAGGUCUAUAACUGGUUUGCCAAUUACCGUCGUCGUCAAGGAGCCCAGCUCAGGCGGCUGGAAGAGCUCAUCAGUUCAACCGAUGAGGAGCCUUCAACUCGCCAAGCAAAACAUCAGUAUGAUAGUGCAGCAGGUGUCAGAGCUUCUAUGAGCAGGGACCCUGGAGGUGGCUGUAUUGAGGCCAGUUCAGAAAGCAUCAGUCACCAGGCAGAUUUAGAGCUUGAAAGUUUCGUGCUUAGAGAAGGACAGCUAGGGUCCCUGGAAGCCAUUCUUCCCCACAGUUCCCCUCAGGCUGUGCUUGACAAAUCCCAGUGCCCACCUGUUUCCACAUCCCAUCUGGAGGAAAUCCAGGCCUUGGGACACAGCCAGGUGCUGGAGAAUCCACUAGUCGAUCCCAUGACCGACAACAGAUUGUGGGCAGCAUGGCUACUCUUGGAAUUCUCAGCCGGUGGUCGAAUGUAACUCGUAUAGCGAGACUUUGUUUGGUGGUCUGCAGUCCUCCGCUGAUUGCCUCUUUCUGGCCAAAAGAGGCAGUGAGAUAACACAGUGCAGUUAACUGGGAAAGGAGACCUUUUCUAAUUGUUACCAAGUUCAUUUUGGCUACAGUUUUAUCAAGAGUUUUAAUAGUAACAAACAAAAGCAAUGCUCCCUGAGGUUCUUGCAGCUCACAGGCUUUAACUGGGAUAAUGUGAAGCUGUGUAGCCUGUUGCAACUAUUUAGUCACUGGUUCUAUGUUCGGGUCACCCCGUAUUCAUAAUGGAUGUAUCUGGACGAGAUAGUUCUGGGUCCAUCUAUUGUUGUUGUUUAAUGAAGUUGUGUAAAAAGCCCAUUAAUUCAAAGGGAGCAAAACCUCAGAAAUGUCAUCUACAGUGUGGAUGCCCUGUGGGUUUGUUAGGGCUGGAGAAUUUGGGACCCAGCUGAGCCUCGUUACAAAGCUGCCUCCUGCUGCCUCUGCAGUUCACCUCUGCUGUGAAUUCUGGGGCACUCCAAAUCCCAUACUGCCACAGAUCACACAUUUUGGAGCACUUUAGAAUUCAUAGCACCCAACAAACCUUUAUUAUAGAGGAUGAGAUGGGGAAAGUCAGAUUGUCAGGGCCCAGUAGCAGGUGGACUAUUAAUUCCCCAUGAAGGUCAGAGGAGUGGAGAGGGUGGGGAUAUCUGAACCCUUUCAAUUCACACUGAGAAUUCCCAACUCCAGCUGGACAGGAGCUCUGCAACUGGUCCUAAUGGUUGCCUUUCCCACAGUCUGCAGAAGACUGAAACUGAAGGCCUGAUUCUCUACUGCCUUGCUCUUACACCUGUACAAAGUGAAUGUAGAACGCUGCCAUUUUCAUUGGGAAGCACAUUACAUUGACUUUGCAUUUAUUUUGUAGGUACAAAUGACUGCUUGAGGUGCAGGGCAGUGGAGAAGCAGGCCCUGUAUGUCCCCAAGUAUCUUGCAAAGCAGCUUUUGGGUUGUGCAGUCCCAGAUUCCGUCAGACUGCAGAAGUAUGUGGUCUCUAAUAGAAAUUGGUAACUGUAUUCAGCAGAAGUCUAAUACCUGAAUUUUGGGCAAAUAUCUGAGGCUCCUCACAGCUCUGAUUGGAGGAGUACACUGCUAACAGUUCCUCUAUCCAGAUAAAUUUUCCCAAACCAGCCUCCAAGCCAUCUGCUUCUGCUCCCUCUCCAUUGUGUUUUUUUGUUAUAUCACAGAUCAGGAGCCCUACGCUUUUCCUUUUAUCUCACCCUGGGGCUAGAAAAUGGAAAUUGUGAGAGAAAUCGGGUGCGGGGGGGAGGUUUAAUUUGCACCUAGGCUUAAAAACACUGAGGGGUAAAUCAUUGUUUAGCUUUUUAAGUAUUUACCACAAUUGUGUAUUU